GAUCUGCAGAAGCAGCUGCAAACGAAGCUGGGCGAAGGUGACGCCAAGCCGGAGUGCAGCUUGACCCAGAAGCGGAACAACGUGUCAGAGCAAAGAGUCUAUCACACCAUGGAAGAACAUUUGCACAAGGCUUGUCAGCUCACGUGCCCCGCCGACACCAGCAGCCGAUUGCCUGACACCGUCCGCAGAAACAUCUUUGCUGUGCUUACCGAGGGACCUUUGGCAAUCUCCAAGAAGCGAAUGCUAGCCCUUCAGGCUCUGAAUGCCCAGCUCGCUGAUCUGUCGAAGGACGAGGCAGAGCUUCGAAAGACCAUGCACCGUGAUGUUGAGGCGGUGACUCGAGGGAAGGCCAUCACUCUCUUCAGGCGGCUGCUCGAGGAGACCGGUUUCCCCGACAUGUCGGUCGUGGACCUGCUGCGAGACAUCGAUCCAGAGCAGCUGAAGGCGCAGGCGUUGCUCAGGCGACAGGUGUUACAGCAGAUGAAGGGCUUGGCCUCGGGGGAAGAUUAUGUAGCUGCUGGGUUCAUGUCAGGACCAUUUCACUCCGAACAGGAGGUCACUUCCGAGCUUGGCACCGACGACUGGUCGUUGUCUCCUCGCUUCCUUUUGAGGCAGGGGGAAGAUUCUAAGGUUAGGAUAAUCGACGGCUUCAAGAUGUCGGCGGUAAACCGUGCAUUUGGCUCCUCUUCCUUUCUUGAGUUGCAGGACACUGAUUAUGCGGUCGGGCUUCUAAGGUUCAUAUCGCGUGUCCUGCAGGAUAAGACGAGAGUUAAGGUGCUACUUGCUGACGGCUCAGUGCUUGAAGGGGACUGGUCUCCUGAGAUGCUCGCCCGGCCCGACCUCCUUGGCAAAACGUGGGAAUCCACCCCGACACGAGGGAUCGCGCAGUGCUGGGGUUCCCGAGCCCCAGCGGAGCUUGGGAGUUCUACAUCGCUAAGAGCCUGCCCUUCGGAGCUGCAGCGAGCGUGUACGGCAGUGUACGGCUUCAACAAGAUUGCGUUGGCCAUACUUCAUAUCAUGAUUGUCAAAUUCUUUGCCAUAGCCACCGACUUUUACGACGACUACACAGUCUACGAGUUCAGGCCCGGAGCCUCGUUGAUGGACAAGAUCCUGAUGCGACUGCUUGAAAUCCUGGGCUGGACCUUUGCAAAGUCGGGCAGGAAGUUCGUUCCUUUCGGCACCUCGGUCGUUUCGCUUGGGGUUACCUUAGGGCUUAGUGAAAUCUGGGAAGGCAUCGUCUCAGUGGAGAACAAGCCGGGGCGACUUGACAAGAUCGCCGAGCUGCUGAGGGCUGUUGUCUCGGGGAAGGAGAUUUCUAGAUCUGAAGUCGCAUCGCUCCAUGGCCUGAUCAUCUUUGCCGGCGGCUUGAUAAUGGGCUUUGAGCUCAAGCCGACUUCGCGGAUGCUCUCGCGAGCUCUGAUUGGACAGUUCAAGGGAAACUCCGUGGAAUUGCGAAAAGCUUGCUCCUUAGCCUUGGACAUCAUUGCUCAGUGCCGUCCCAAGAAGUGCCCAGCUUCUGUUAAGCCUCCAAUCGUCUUGUACACGGAUAGUGCGUACGAGAAAGGGAUCGCGACUUGGGGAGCCGUCCUGGUUGACCCUUGCACCAACGCCCGGUGGGUCUUCGGCGGCACUGUCAGCGAUGCACUGGCGAGCCACUGGAGGCAGGAAGCAGGGCUGCAAGUGAUCAGCCAAGUUGAAGCCUUCGCUUUGGCGAUUGUCCUCUUCGGCAUAAGAGGUGUGGUGAAGGGCCGCUCCUUGUUAGCAUUCAUCGACAACGAGGCCUGCCGCUUUGGCUUCAUCAAGAGAUACUCACCGUCUCUUUGCUUGCUGCGUUUGAUUUCCUUGGUAGCCCUUCUUGAAGGCUCGCUGAAGCCCUCCUGUGGUUCGAGAGAGUUCCGUCAAAGAGCAAUCCAGCGGAUUUGCCUUCGCGUGGCGAAGUGGCAUUGGCAUGCCAACGAUUCCAAGCUGAGGAUAAGGGUGACAUUGCCUUGA